CGGGAACUCAGUGGGUGAAUGAAACAAGCUGGGAGCAUGACAUAAACAAUAAUGUGGACGCCGCUCAGUGGAUGAAUAAUCGAACCAGAUAAACUCAUGGAUUUUUAGCUGCUGUCUGGAUUCUGUAAGAGCAGAGAAAUGGAUCUUCACGUGUCAGAUAGUUCUGACAGUCCGGCAGACAUGGAGCGCAUGAGGAGGAAUAAAGUGGAGCAGGGGGGACAGACGCACCAGGUCCUACAGGGCACUCCGUUAGACCUGAUCGAGACUGGCAAGUCCCUGAGAGUCCAAGCAGAACGCCCCCACCUGGUUAGUCUGGGAAGUGGACGACUGAGCACGGCCAUCACUUUGCUUCCACUGCAGGAAGGAAGAACCACACUGGGCAGUGGGGGCACAGAUAUCCCCCUGCAGGGCCACGGCAUCGCAGAGCAGCACUGCUACAUUGAAAAUGAGGCGGGCGUCAUCAUUUUGUACCCAUGUGGGAACCAGUGCGCUGUGGAUGGCCUCCCCAUCACCAGACCUUAUCGCCUAACACAAGGCUGCAUGCUGUGUUUUGGUCAGUCUGUCUUUUUCCGCUUCAACCAUCCAGAGGAGGCCGUGAGGAUGAAGAGCAUGCUGCCCGGGGGGGGAGGAGGAGGCAGGGAACUCAGCACCACAAAAACUCUUCCUGCCGACUCACACAGUGUGUUUAACGGCAGCCAUCAGUCCUUUUCAAGCAACGGCAGCUCUAAUAUCAACAACAUUGCCAAGACCCUCCAGUGCUCCUUGAUGGUCAACACAUCAUCCUCGUCAUCAGGACCUGGGAAACAGCCGCUUCCUCAGCCGUCUGCUCCAAACAUGCUCAAUGGAAGAAACAGCUCCACAACAGAGGACUGCAUUUAUGAAAACAUCAGAACCUUGGGAAUCCAGAACCUUGGGGACAUAGCCCCUCCGGUACCUGCCCGGUCCGCUCACACCAACCACACUCCUGUCCCCAAUCCGCGGAGCUCGCUGUCUGUCGCCUCAAGCAGUGCUGGCGGUGGUCACAGAGUCCAGGAGAGCCCAAAGCUUCUCAGGAAUGUAAGAUCCACCCCCACACCACCGAACUCAGGGUCAGGACAGGGCACAGACAGCUCUAAGCCAACUCCCAAAUCAUCAUCUGCUAAAUGUUCCCCAGCGGCUCCCCCCAGCCCUCGAGUAAAAGGUUCCUCUCUACAACACAGAUCCCCCAGCCCCAUGCGAGAGCAGGGUCAGUUUGUCACCAGUGUAGAAGUCCCUCAAAGGCUCAGGACUCCAGAGCUGCUUGUGCCCAGCGGCCUGAGAGAACUUCCUCCUGUCAGCCCUUACACGUCUGGCAAGGGGACUCCAGGAUCGCAGGGCUCAGCUUCCCUCCUCGCCACACAAGGCCUCGCUGCUAAGCCUCACCCCGAGAGCCCCCAGGGCCCCAGCAAACUCACAACAAAAGCAGAGGCCAUGAGGGCGCUGUACUCCCAGAGUCCAUCACCUCUCUCUGGGUUGGAGAAGGAACCUGAAGGCAGGAGAUUAAGGCCUGUGCCAGGAGGUGCCAUGGUAUCAGGUCUGGGGACGUCUCCUCUGGCGAGCCCUCAUAGCCAAAGGAAAACCUCCUGCUCGAACGUGACUGGAUCCUCCACCAAGGAACACAACCUAAUGAAGCCAUAUGCACGGGAGCGAAAGAACAGCAUCUCCGAGAUCAGCGACAAUGAGGACGAGUUGCUGGAAUACCACCGCUGGCAGAGAGAGGAGAGGCUGCGUGAGCAGGAAAUGGAGAAACUGGAGCGACAGAGGCUGGAGACCAUCCUCAAUCUGUGUGCAGAGUAUAAUCAGGAGGGCAGUGCCGUGGAGUUGGCCGAGAUGGUGAGGAGUGGGCUGCUGGGGGGCGCUGUGGGAGUCGGCCCAGGCACAGGAGACGGGCUGAACCUCCAGGGUGGAGACGGGCCUCACAGGGCGAGGCCGAAUGAUGAGGACACCCAGAGAGAGGAGUCCAGCAGCACAGAGAGCACACACCAAGAGUGUGAUGAGCUGAUGGCUGCUCAGGAGCCCGUGUACGUGGAGGAGGAGAGGAGCAGGAUCUUGUUCAGAGUUGAUGACUUGAAACACAGAGUCAGUGAACUGGAGCAGCAGCUACAAGAGACCAAACAGGAGGCGGAGAUGGAGCAGGCUCUGCUGCAGGCCGAGAGGCAGGCAGAGCAGGAGCAGGUGGACGCUGAGAGUGACAUCAUCUCUCAGCUGCAGCUCAAACUCAGCCAGCUGGACAAGGCCGUCCAGAGAGAGAAGGACGAGGGCAGGGCUAAUGUGUCGGCUCAGCGGAAGGCCCUGGAAAAGCAGAGGAAUGAGUACAAUGAGCUGAAGAGGCAGUUUGAUAAGUGCCCCUUGUCUCUAAGGGAACAGUUACAGGAGCAGCUCAGCAGGAAAGCUGAAGCUGUGGAGUGUGGGACCAAGCAGUUUGAGGAGCUGGAGUUCUGCCAGCUGGAGGAGGAGAGCAGUUUGGAGGAGAAGAAGGACACGCAGAGCUCGCAGCUCCUCCAAGACAGGGCAGAGUACCACUGCAGCGUGGCCCGGAGGAAGGAGAAGAUGGCCACAAUGGAGGCUCAGGUGAAGCAGCUGGGGCUACAGGCCGCGCAGGACUGUGAGAGGAUGGUUAGAGACAGGGCGGUGGCUCUGCAGCUGUUACACAAGGAACAAGACAGGUUGUGUGCUCUGGAGAAGAGGCACCACACAUUGGGCGGAGAGAGAAGUUACCUGAAGCCCAGCAGCAACAUGAAGGAGAGUCAGCCUGAGCUGAGCAGGAAUGCAAUGCCUCCUAUUAAUCUCGAGCGCUGGUACCAGGACAUCAUGGCGGCUGGAGAGGCUCAGUCGUGUCCUCCACCGCUGCCUGCCAAGUCUUUUUCCGCACGCAGACACGGGCAGCUGUUGAAGUCCAAAUCAGAUGGCGAGGUUGGCCUGGCGGCGUCAUGGGCCCCAGCCCUGCCACACUCCAGCGCUCAUGAGAGAAAUGCAUCCACCAAGGGGUUACAGUUAGCUCUGGGAGAGAUGUUGGACACGGAGUCCAGGAGGCAGAUGGUUGUACAGAGCAAAGACGUGUCUCCCACUGUCCAUCACUCCAUCCUGCAUCACCAGUCGCCACCGAGCGGAAACCAGGCGUACGACACCCUGAGUCUGGAGAGCUCCGACAGCAUGGAGACCAGCGUCUCCACCGGCAACUCCGCCUGCACCCCGGAAAGUGCCUGCGGGUUAGAGACCCAGAGGAUAGAGGAGAUGGAGAAGAUGUUGAAGGAGGCGCAGCAGGAGAAAGCCCGACUGGUGGAGAACAGAGAGAGGGAGGUGCAGGCUCGGCGGCAGAUGUUGGAGGAGGAGCGGAGGAGGCGAGAGGAGGCCGAGAGAAGGCUUCUGGACGAGACGGCCCACAGGCAGAGGCUGGUGGAGGAGGAGGUGAAGAUGAGAGAGAAACACUUCUCCCAGGCUCGUCCAAUGACGCGCUACCUGCCCAACCGUAAGGAGGAGUUUGACCUGCGAGCCCACGUGGAGUCGUCCGGCCACAGCAUCGACACCUGCCCCUUCGUCAACCUCACCGAGAAGAUGUGUAAGGGCCACCUGGUGAAGAUGGGCGGCAAAAUCAAAUCCUGGAAGAAACGCUGGUUCGUUUUUGACCGUCUCAAGAGGAACUUCUGUUAUUACGCGGACAAGCAUGAGACCAAGCUGAAAGGACUCAUUUACUUUCAGGCGAUUGAAGAGGUUUAUUAUGAUCACCUACGCAGUGCCACCAAGAGCCCCAAUCCCUCUUUAACCUUCUGCGUGAAAACCCACGACCGGCUCUACUACAUGGUGGCCCCGUCCCCGGAGGCCAUGAGGAUCUGGAUGGAUGUCAUAGUAACGGGCGCUGAAGGCUACACGCAGUUCAUGAGCUGAGGGACCAUGUGUCGGGUGACAGGUUGGGAGGAUGAUGGGGACUGAGCGAGCACUGAGACACCUGCGAGGCAACCUGAGCUGCUCCCUUGCUGGGGCUGGAGUAGAGGACACGCGGCAGAUGUGUCCCGGAUGGACGUCUGAGGAGACACUUGAUCUGGUGCUCAUAUAAAAGAAGCCUGAUGCCUUGGUGCAAAUGAAGGCUGAGUCUUGACAUAGGUGCUUUUUUUUUUUUUUAAGAAUUCCCAAGUUGGACUGAGACUGAGCAACCUGCCUUUGGAUCUAUGAAGGGAAGCUUUCUAGAAACAAAACCGUAUUAAACUCGUUUUAUUACCAAAAUGUAUUUUCAAUACUUACAAUAUGAUUUCGGGAGGUUUCUGGAGGAACACUUGGAAUAUUUCUUACUUCACAUAAGCUCAAACUCUUUACAUCUCGGAAGCCGAUCUGUGCAUGUGCAGUAUUAAUCUUACUUUUCUCUCUUUUUGAUACAUUUGUACUUUCCCUGCAGUUUGUUAACCUUCUGAUUAAAAAAGUAUCUUUUAAUAUGUCCAAAACACUAAAAGGAAAACAGAGUUUUGUAGCAAGUAUCUUAAAAUAUUUUUAAAGAGUCAUAUAUUAUGCAGCCUUGGUGCCAAAUACUUUAUGAAAUGUUUUUAUCUGAUUUUUACAAUACAAAUUUUAAUAUCACUCAAUAUACAGUGCAAUAUUAUAAGGGCUUUUCAUUCAGAUAAAUAAUAGCAUUCAUGUGUAUUAUAAAAAAACAUAUUUGCAUUUUAACAGAAAUCAUAUAUUAUAGUCCUGUAAUGAUAUUGUAAAACUACCGUGUAUAUCUAAUGAAUAAAAGUAUGUGAUGCAUCUGA